AUGGUGACUCACAACUGGUCCAACCUCUUCCGCGACUUACUGGCAAGUGUGGUUGCCGAUGCCUUGGGUGAACACACCAUUGAGCUUUUCGCACAGUUGCUGGAGGUGGAAGGAGGAGUUUAUGUCGUGGAAGAACUGCUGGAGGUGCAAGGAAGCAUCGAUGAGACCUACUGGAUCUGUGCCUUUGCCGUCAAUCAACACAGUAAUAUUUGCGGCGGCAAUCCAAAGGGAGAUGUGGACUCUGCCACGCAGCGUCCAUACCCCAUUUGUCCGUGCGCCGAGCCGAAGUUCUUCAACAAAACACCACCUUUGAAUGACGCUGGAGAGAGCAUUGGCUGUGAGUUGAACAAAUUCGAUGACAUGAUGGCCUACCUCUUUCAGCAGAAUCCGUGGUUUGCACAGGUCGUGGCCGUGGAUGCUGAGCUAACGCUUUUCACGCGCGCCUGGUGCGUUGCGGAGCUGGCGCAGGGGCAGCGGAUGGGCAUGGCACAGAGCCUGAAGCUUCGGAACAAGGCCGUGCUGCUGGAGCGUAAGCAAACUUUGGAAUGCCUCAAGGUCGAAGAAAUGCAAGCAACCCGACCGGCGGAUAAAGACGUGAUCCUGUCGAAGAUCAAAGCGGAUUUUGGCAACUAUGCCAACUUCGACAGUAAUUUGCAAAAGCUCAUCUUCGACCCGAAGAUGGGCCUAGUCACUGCAUGGAAAAAAGCUGAUGCCUUGCAACAGAUGGAAGAGCUCUCCCAUGUCUUGAAAUGGGUACGACUAUCGACUGCAGUUGGCGAUGGCCUGCAAGUGCGGCGAAAAUGGUUUGUACAGUGA